AUGGAACCCUCGGCGACGUGCUACACUAUCAUCCACGAUGACCUGCUCGACACUCCUUCGUCGCAGGACCUCCGCAAUGCUCUCCAGAAGGGCUCGGACGAGGUCAAGCUGGAGACCAUGCGCAGGAUCAUCGUCGGCACUCUGAAUGGCCAGAGCCACCCUACGCUUCUCAUGCCCAUUAUCCAGUAUGUCCUCCCUUCGCGCAACAAGCAGAUCAAGAAGCUUCUCCACUUUUACUGGGAGAUCUGCCCCAAGCUCGACGAGAACGGCAAGCUCAAGCAGGAGAUGAUUCUCGUGUGCAAUGCCAUCCGUAACGACCUGCAGCACCCCAACGAGUACAUCCGUGGCGCGACUCUGCGCUUCCUGCAGAAGAUUCGCGAGUCCGAGCUCCUCGAGCCUCUGGUCCCCUCGGUUCGCUCGUGCUUGGAACACCGUCACUCGUUUGUGCGCAAGAACGCCGUCUUUGCCGUCUGGACUAUUUACCAGGACCACGAGCACCUCAUCCCCGACGCGCCCGAGCUCCUCGACACCUUCCUCGCCGCCGAGUCGGACUCGACCUGCAAGCGUAACGCGUUCACGGCCCUGUGCAGCGUGUCGCAGCCCACUGCCGUCCGCUACCUGCUGUCCGUUGCCGACCAGCUCGCGACCAUGGACGAGCUCAUGCAGAUGGCCGUCAUUGAGCUCAUCCGCAAGGAGGCUCGUGUCGAGGGUGGCCACCGCGCCAAGUGGAUCCGCUGCAUCUUUGAGCUCCUCAACUCGACCAGCCACGCUGUCAAGUACGAGGCUGCCACCAGCCUGACCACCUUGACCCAGAACCCCGCUGCCAUCAAGGCUGCUGGCCAGGCGUUUGCCGAGCUCAUUGUCAAGGAGUCGGACAACAACGUCAAGCUCAUUGUUCUGGACCGCUUUGACGCUCUCCGCCAAAAGCACGAGCACGUCCUGGACGGCAUGGCCACUGACAUUCUCAAGGUGCUCAACAGCCCCGACAUGGAGGUCAAGCGCAAGGCUCUUGGCGUCGCUCUCCAGCUUGUCACCAGCCGCAACGUCGAGGACGUUGUUCUCUUCCUCAAGAAGCAGCUCCAGUCGACCCUCGCGGCCGACUGGGACAAGAACGUCGAGUACCGCCAGCUUCUUAUCCAGAGCAUCCACACGUGCGCCAUUCGCUUCUCCGAGGUUGCCGCCAACGUUGUCUACGUCCUCAUGGACUUCCUGGGCGACUCGAACAACCCUUCGGCCGUCGACGUCAUUUCGUUUGUGCGCGAGGUGGUUGAAAAGUUCCCCGACCUCCGCUCGGCCAUUACCGAAAAGCUCAUCCAGACCUUUGGCGACAUCAAGUCGGGCAAGGUGUUCCGUGGUGCCAUGUGGAUUGUCGGCGAGUACUGCAAGGACCCCGCGGGCAUCAAGCGCGCCGUCUUUGAGCUGCGCAAGGUGAUUGGCGAGGUCCCCAUCCUCGCUUCCGAGCAGCGUCUGCUCGACGAGGCCGAGGCUGCCGAUGAGGCUGAGGGUGUCAAGGACCCCGAGCAGCCCAAGGCUGUCACCACUACGCGUGUCCUUGCCGACGGCACCUAUGCCACCGAGACUGUUUACACCUCGACCGCCGCCGCCGCCCGCCUCGAGCAGGUCCGCUCAGCUGCCAAGCCUCCUCUGCGUGCCCUCAUCCUCGGCGGUGACUACUUUACCGCCACCGUCCUCGCCUCGACUCUCACCAAGCUGGUUCUCCGCUACUCGGAGCUCCGCGCCGAGCAGGCGAUCCUCAACCAGCUCCGUGCCGAGGCCAUCCUCAUCAUGACCUCGGUUGUCCGCGUCGGCCAGUCCAAGUUUGUCACUGUCCCCAUUGACGAGGACUCUCAGGAGCGUAUCCUCAACUGUGUCGAGUCGCUCGCCCAGCUGCAAGACUCGCAGUCUGUCCACGACGUGUUCCUCAAGGACACCCAGGCUGCGUACGCCAAGAUGCUUCGCGCCGAGGAGGCCAAGGUGUCGGCCAAGAAGGAGCUCGAGUCGAAGAAGAAGGCGAUCCAGGUCGACGACCUGAUCAACUUUUCGCAGCUGUCACUCAAGACUGCUGGCGGCGACGACGAUGAUUACGAGGCGGAUGUUGUGCGCGCCACGGGCACCACCGAGGUCAAGGACGACUUUGUGUCCAAGCUCUGGCGGAUAGUGCAGCUCACUGGUUUCUCGGACCCCGUGUACGCCGAGGCUGUUGUCAACAUUCAGCAGUUUGACAUUAUGCUCGACGUUCUCAUUGUCAACCAGACCUCGGAGACUCUGCAAAACCUGACCAUUGAGUUUGCGACGCUCGGCGACCUCAAGCUUGUCGAGAGGCCAGCACCCCACACCUUGGCCCCGCACGGCUUCCACAGCAUCAAGGCGACCAUCAAGGUGUCGUCGACCGAGACGGGUGUCAUCUUUGGCAACAUUGUGUACGACAAGCAGGGCGCAGCCGACGCCAGCGUCAACAUUGUCCUGAGCGACGUCCACGUCGACAUUAUGGACUAUAUCAAGCCCGCAUACUGCAACGAGGCCCAGUUCCGUAGCAUGUGGACCGAGUUUGAGUGGGAGAACAAGGUCAACGUCAACACGGCCAUUUCCGACCUCCGCGCGUACCUCGACCACAUUAUGAAGUCGACCAACAUGGCGUGCCUCACUCCCGAUGCGGCCUUGUCGGGCGACUGCGACUUCCUCUCUGCCAACCUGUGCGCGCGCAGUCUGUUUGGCGAGGACGCCCUUGCCAACUUGUCGAUUGAAAAGACCGAAGAGGGCACGAUCCAGGGCCACGUGCGCAUCCGCUCCAAGACCCAGGGCAUUGCUCUGUCCCUCGGAGACAGGAUCACCAUCUUGCAAAAGACCUUGAAGUGA